CGGCACCGCUCAGAUGCCCGCGGUCUCCUAAUGUCCAGAGCGUACAAACAGCCCCGCUGCUAUCUGUCAUGAUGCGCAGUUCGAGACUCUCCCCGUCGCAGGCAGCAUUCAGCGAAGAUUACGGCGUCAGAAUAUCACCAUGAUCGACCACUACCGGACUCUGGAUCUGCCUACUCCCCGGGAAAGUCGUGCCUGCCUCACGGCAGAGGACAUCAAACAGGCCUACCGACUGGCGCUUCUCAAGCACCACCCGGACAAGCAAGGACCCGCGCAGGCGACGAAGGACAAGCCGUCCAUCGACACGAUCAAAGCCGCGUACGGCGUGCUCUCGGACGCAAAACUCCGCACCGACUACGACCGUGAGCUCCUCCUGUCGAACGAUCCGAGCGCAAAGGAAAAGUCCUUUCACACGGGCGAAGAGGUCGUGGACCUAGACGAUCUGGAAUUCGACGAGAAGCUUGGAAGCUGGUACCGAGGUUGCAGAUGUGGCGAGGACAGAGGGUACGUCGUUACGGAGCAGCAUCUCGAGAAUGAGGAGCAGAGAGGCGGAAGAGAAGUUGUGGUCGGUUGCAAAGGAUGCAGUCUUUGGAUUAUAGUUGGUUUCAGUUCAGUCGAAGAGGACGAAGUCGACGAACGUAACGGCUCUCAAAAAGCAUAGCCCGCUCGAGACGUUGUUCGCAUGGCUGGUUUGAGCAGAAACACGCAUCUAGCAGAUAGAAUGACGGGGAGGACGUUUGGGUGUAUCUUAGUAUAUGAUCAAGCUUAUCACGAACGUCAAAAGAAAUUGAAGGCGAACUUCCAAAUAAGAA